ACCAAAGAGACCAUAACCAUAUUAUUGUCUUGGCGACGAAACAACAUGCUUUGGGGAACGAAGUGCGCUUUGCCAGUCCUGAUACUGGCCAUAGUAGCUAUUGGUAAUAUCAAUGUUCAUGCUGCACCUCCAAUGGGUCGUGUUGUGAACGGCACUGAUGCCAAUGUCAAUGAUUAUCCUUUUGUGAUCUCAUUGCGCGGAUCAACUGGCUCGCAUUCCUGCGGUGGGUCCAUUGUUUCCAACCAGUUUGUAAUGACAGCAGCUCAUUGUGUAGCCGGACGUACCGCUUCAUCACUUUCUGUGCAAUAUGGCGUGACGAAUAUCGCUGCGAAAGGACCCAACGUGGUUGCGGUUAAGCGUAUAAUUCAGCAUGAACUCUACAGUCCAUCAGACAACUAUGCCAAUGAUAUUGCGCUAAUCCAAGUGGCCGAGCCCUUUGAGUUUGACUAUAAAACUGUUGCCCCGGUUCAGUUGCCGACACUUAAUUUUGCAACACCCCAGGUUGAGGAGGGAGCGGCUGGUGAACUUAUUGGCUGGGGACUGAAUGCGACGGGUGGCACAAUUCAGACAACAUUGCAGAGGGUUGGUCUCAAGAUUUAUUCCGAUGCAGAAUGCACAUCACGUCACAACGGAGCCACUGAUGGUCGUUACCACAUUUGUGGUGGAGUCGAUGAGGGCGGCAAAGGACAGUGCAGCGGCGACUCCGGAGGUCCUCUGAUAUAUAAUGGCCAGCAAGUUGGCAUUGUGUCUUGGAGCAUCAAGCCGUGUACUGUCGCCCCCUAUCCAGGUGUAUACUGCAAGGUGUCUAGCUAUGUCGAGUGGAUUAUAAAGAAUCAAAUAAUAUUGCCAUAGAUACGUCAAAUAAAUGUCCUCAUGACCUUAUUUUUCAAA